UAAUAUGCUAAUUUCCGUGGAAACUUCGAGAUUCUCAUGUCCAUACUGAGUCCACACUAAACCUUCGACUAUGGCGGAAGAUUUGCAAAAGAAGGUAGCAGAGCUAAAGGACCAAGGAAAUCGUGCUCUGACUUCAGGGAACACACAGGAGGCGAUAAGACUGUAUGGGGAGGCUAUCAAGAUAGACCCCACCAACCAUGUCCUGUAUAGUAACCGCUCUGCCGCACUGGCAAAGGCCUCUAACUAUGAGCUGGCCUUGGUGGACGCUAACAAAACAGUCGAGCUGAAGCCUGACUGGGUAAAGGGGUACUCUCGGAAGGGUGCAGCCUUGUCAUUUCUGGGCCGAUAUGAGGAAGCCAAGAUGGCAUAUGAGGAAGGUCUUAAACUGGACCCAGAAAACCAACAAUUGAAGGAUGGAGUCAGGGAUGCACAAUCUCACUUAACAGGCCCUGCAGGCAGCCAGCCACUAGGUGGGAACCCCUUUGCUGUCCCAGGAGUAAUGGAGCGCAUCCAGAGGGACCCCAGGACCAAGGGCUUCCUGGCACAGCCAGACUACAUGGAGAAACUCAAGCAACUGCAGCAGAACCCACAGGCUCUCGGGAAUCACCUUCAGGACCCUCGCAUCAUGACCACCUUAAGUGUCCUUCUGGGAGUGGACCUUCAGCAGGCGAGGGAGGAAGAUAUGGACCAGAGACCGUCUUCUCCUGCCCAGCAGGAGCCUGAACCCAUGGAGGAGGAGGAGGAAGAGUUGACAGAUGCACAGAAGGAGGCAAAGGAGGAGAAAAGUAAGGGUAACGAGGCCUAUAAGAAGAAGGACUUUGAGACGGCCCUUCAGCACUAUGACAAGGCUAUAGAACUGGAUGCAGAUGACAUCACCUUCCUCACCAACAAAGCUGCGGUUUACUAUGAGAUGGACCGGAUAGAAGACUGUAUCAAGGAGAGUGAGAAAGCCAUUGAGAGGGGCCGAGAAGUCCGGUCAGACUUCAAGCUGAUAGCAAAGGCAUUCUUCCGUAUCGGCCAAGCUCACUUCAAGCAGGAUAAGUACAAAGAUGCAAUCACCUACUACAACAAGUCCCUAACAGAGCAUCGCACACCAGAGGCCCUGAAGAAAUGUCAGGAGGCUGAAAAACUGCUGAAGGAACAUGAAGCAAAGGCAUAUGUUGACCCAGAGAAGGCUGAAGAGGAGAAGGCUCUGGGCAACGAUCUCUUCCAGAAAGGUGACUACCCUAAUGCCUUGAAGCAUUACUCAGAGGCCAUCAAGAGAAACCCCCAGGAUCCCAAGUUGUUCAGUAACCGAGCGUUCUGCUACACAAAACUGGCGGAGUGGCAGCUUGGUAUUAAGGACUGCGAUGAGUGUGUACGGCUGGAUCCAAAAUUCCUAAAGGGAUACCUCAGGAAAGGGGCUAUCUUACAAGCCAUGAAGCAGUGGGGUCGAGCACAGGACGUCUACUCUAAGGCACUAGAUAUUGACCCAAAUAACCCGGAGGCAAAUGAAGGCUACCAGAAAUGUCUCAAGACGCUGAGCCAGGAUCCAGAGGAGAUCAGGAAACGUGCCAUGGCAGAUCCCGAGAUCCAACAGAUCUUGAGUGAUCCAGCAAUGAGAGUGAUCCUAGAUCAAAUGCAGAAUGAGCCUGGGGCUCUAAAUGAUCAUUUGCAAAACCCAGCAAUCAGGACCAAGAUUCAAAAGCUCCUAGAAUCUGGUUUGAUCCAGAUCCGUUAGCCUUUCUUCAGGCACUGUGGGGAAAUAUUAAGGACACACCAAGGGGCCUACAGAUCCACCUGCCAGUCACAGCCGUCAGCUUGUCACCAUGGACAGGGUAAACCACUCUGCGCAGCACAUUAGUCCUUACACCAGUGUUGAUAUGGGGAAACAGGUCUUGGGCAAUACCAACCAGAAAGACUGUAGUGAAUUUUUCCAUAGUAACCAAGAGUAGGUAAUGUUACCUGUGCAUUGUGGAUGUAAUUGAUAUGGAACACAACUUUGUGUUUUAUUUGCUGGAAGUGCUUCAAUUGUCAUCCUAAUAUCCCCAUGUUUCCAGACCUGUUUUGUGCUCGGGGGCUCUUGUAGCCAGUCAACAGUAGAGCCCAGAUGUUUACAAAACCCACAGAAAAAUAAAACAUUUACUUAAUUAAGGUAAAGGCAAAAGAAUUGACUCAUAAAGAAGUUAAAUUUCAUUGUUAUGAAUAUAUUGAAAUUGCAUUUAUCAUGCUUAAGUGUCUAGAAAAAAUGGCUGAGUUGUGUCAAGCUUGAUAUUGUCAUGGAACUUUGUUAGCACUUUUCAGUCAGGUGCAUGGGGCAUACAUGUACUUUAUUCAUGUACUUUUAGAUUGCUGGAUGAAAGCUUGCUCCACGUUUAAGAUUAUCUUUAUCAAAUAAAAGUGUCAGCAGGAUUUGUACAUUAUAGUGGUCAAUCAAAGAACUGCAUUGCACCAAAUGUUGUCAGAUGUUGAUAGGCAGUGUACAGUAAGAUGAAGUGAGUGAAGCUCCUGUUUAUUCUAAUAAGGUUGUGUCAGCCAAGAAGCUUGUUAAAAUCCUCUCAGCUUCCCCUGCAUACAGACUUUCCAAAUUAUCUUUAACAAGCUAUUUCCAUUAUUCUUUGACAAUGCAAAACUGUUGUCAUUCCUCAUACACUUACAAGCUUCUGUCUACUCUAUAUACCAUGGCUCAGACCAACAGUGUAAAUAUGAAGCCAUCUUUUUCUGUAUGUCUCACAGGAUCACAUACCUUACCUCUGGUAUGAAUACAACACUCAAUACCUCUUACCUUGGACUAAUGGCCUGACUACAUGAAAAGUUUGUCUUAAGUUAAACACAAGUAGCAUUCACAAUCCCAAUUUUCAACUGAUGCUUUAGAUAUGAACAACAGUAGCUUCUGUAAGACAUACACAAGACAGUGUUGGGCUAUGUCCAGAAGCUACUGUUGUUCAUAUUGCCACACAGCAAUGAAUGGUUGAUUCUUGGAUGCCUCCUGUAGAGACUCCAACUCUGAUACCUAUAGUGUUUGCACUCACAGGUCUAUGACAGAAGCAUUGUCCACCACGCUGGAUGGUUAAACCGGGAAAUUGUCAGAAACAUUUGAAUUUGGAAUUAUGAUCACAGUCACAUGCAAACACAUUGCAAAUUUGAAGAUCUGACCAUUACAGGUUUAACCAACCAGCAGGCAAACACUAUAGUGUGGUGUGGCCAUCAGAUCCAAGAUAUACAAAGUGCUUGCUAAACAAUGUUUACUAAUGUAUACAGUAAGUAUUUUAGUGUGAAGUCUACCAAACUUUUUCUAUGGAUGUUACAUUCAUGAACAGUAGCAUUAAGUUGAUUUCAAGUCUGUCCAAUAGUGAAGAAUUAUAUUGCAUUGAUGCUGGGUUGCUGUAUUGUGACAGUCCUUUCUUGUGAUUUGCAUGAAACAGAUAUGGAAGACAUUAAAUGUAACUUGAAAUUU